CCCGCCAUGAGGAAGAAGGCGGCGGCGGCGGCGGGCGGCGGCGGGGACCUGCUGCGGGAGCACUGGCUGGUGCGCGACAUGUUCUCCUUCGAGAACGUGGGCUUCACCCGCGACGUGGGCAAUGUCAAGUUCCUGGUGUGCGCCGACUGUGAGGCGGGGCCCAUCGGCUGGCACUGCCUCGACGACAAGGACAGCUUCUACGUGGCGCUGGAGCGCGUGGCCCACGAGUGACACCGGCGCUGCCGCCGGGGACGGGGGCCGUGGCCCUGGGCACCUGCCUGGGGAGCCGGGCUCAGCCG